AAAAUUAAUUCGUAAUUCGGUGAUCACGGCUAGGCUGAUCUCAAUGUAUUGUUAUUAUUCUUUAUCUAUUUAGAAUAGCACUAAAACUAUGCUCAUUAUUUUCAGUUUAAGCUUAGUAUAGUGAUAUAUUUAAAUAGGCAGUUAUGAAUGAAUCGUCGACGAUGUCCGGCGAGCCAGCGUCGAAAGUGGAGGGUGAAAGCGGAGGACCAGUGGACCAAUCGAAGCGGGAUCUGGAAGAGGAAUUUAAUAUGCAAAGAGCGAAAAUGAAAGAGUUAUUCUUACAAAAGGAAGAUGAUCUCAGAAAGCUCCGCUUAGAGAAGGAGCAGCUGGACUCUGAAGUGCUGGGCCUGCGGGCGGAGCUGCAGCAGCUACAGACGCUCAGUGAGAACCAGAAGUCGGAAAUACAGAGCUUGCAGAUGUUAGUUAGUGAAACAAUAGAAGCCUCGUCGUCCAGUAUAGAGGAGGUCCGCCGUUUGCGCAACAAGAACCUUGAAUUGGAACAACAGCUUGCGCAACUCAGAUCUCAGCAGCAGGAGGUGUCGCUCGCGCCGGCGACGCUCGUGCGCACGCUCGCGAGGAAACUCGGCGCCGACACCGAGGACACGCCUACUAGGAAGGUGCAAAAUGUGGAAGAUGGCGAACUGGUCCGCUCCAUCAUUCAGCCUAUGGAAAUGGAGAUUGGUGCUCUAAAGAAUAAACUCAGAGAGACUGAUGCGAGGUUGCAAGAAGCCUUGAAGUCAGCAGCUAAUACAACUGUGGUCACAAGCAAUACGACUGGAGAUGCUAAAACAGAUUCGGCAGCAGCGGAGAGCCAGCAAGCGGCGAGCGGCAGCGGCGUGUGCGACAUGUGCGCGAACUACGAGCGGCAGCUGGUGGCGGAGCAGGCGCGCGCGCACGCGGCCGCAGAGCGCGCCGCACGGGACGAACACGCGCUCAGGCUGGCAACAGAAGAACUAGAAGGGGUCCGUUCCAUCCACGACGAAACGAUCCGAACCUGGCAAGCGGAAAGAUCUGACAGUGGAUCCCGAGUCACAGAACUUGCCAACGCGCUGAAGGAAGCGCACGAGCUGCUGCAGAACAGGUCUGCUGCUGCUGAAGAGGCUUCGCAGAGAGCGCUGGAACAGGUCACCACAUUGACUGUAGAUCGGGAAACCCUACAGAGAAAACUGGACAGUUUAGAGCGGGAUAAUGCGAUGCUAAUCGGCCAGUAUACGAAAAAAGCGGCCGAUAUGCAGAAUGAAAUUAUAAAUCUACCUGAUAACGCGAUAGAGUUACAAGAACAGUGUCUGCAGCUGCGCGAACAGCUGAUCUUCUGCCAGCUCGGGCGCGAAGAAGCAGCAGCCAGUGAGCAGGAGCUGCGCAACCAGCUGCUCUCGCACGGAGCGCUGCUUCACCAGCAGGAGGCUGCUCUGGCCGCCAGCAGCACCGAGCUGCGGGAGUGCAGAGAGCAAUUGGACCGGUUACAAACGGAACGAGAGCAAAUGAAAGAGUUGGCGGACAAGCUGCGAGCUUCCACCGAUAUGAUCGAGCAGUUGUUAGAAGACAAGAAGCGUCUCGCCAGCGAAGUGGCGGAGACGCGCAACCGCGUGUCCAUUUUACAGCUCGAGCUCGACAACAGCGAGAAGGUGCAGCAGGACUUCGUGCGUCUCUCGCAGUCGCUGCAGGUACAGCUACAACGCAUCCGCGAGGCGGACACGGAAGUGCGGUGGCAGCACGACGAGGACGUCAACGAGUGUCCCUCGUGCCACGUGGCGCUGCCCAAUAGCAAGAAGAAGGUGCACUGCCGGCACUGCGGGCGCAUCUUCUGCAGCGCGUGUGUGGCGCACAGCGUGGCGAGCGGGCCCCGCGGGGCGCCCGCGCGGGUCUGUGCUGUGUGCCGCACGCUGCUGCAGCCCCACACCGCGCCCUACUUCAGCACCGCGCCCCCGCACUCGCCCGACUAGCGCCCCACCCCGCGCCCUUAAUUGUAUCGCGCCCUAAGAGCGGCCGUACACGGGCAGAUCGAGCAGUCGUUCGUUGACUGCUCGAGCUGUCGCUACAAACCGCGCAGUUGACGGCUUGAAGCGGUCGCGACUGCUCGGCAGUGAAUGAAUUUCUAUAGUUCACCGCGCGGUCGCGGCUUUAAGCCGUCGGCCUCAACUGCUUGAAGCGGUCCGUGUACGACCGCCCUAAGACUCGCCCUGUACCCUAGAGUAAGUUUUAGGGCAACAAAACACAUUGCGUCUCCACACCCUGAACUCUACCUGAAUAUUCCGACCACAAUGUAAAUGUGGAAUCUAGUGCGUUUAAAACUGGCAUUUUGCACUCUAUGUCAGGAAGUUCAAAUUCCGAAAGAUCAAGGGUCCGGUCAACACAUCGCCAUACUAGAUCUCUUUCAUCAGCAUAAGUGAUAUUAUUAAAUGGCAUUAUCUAUUAAAACAUUUUGCGGUGCACCCCCUGCUCCAAAUUUCUUGAACUGCAAAUAAACAUCAUAUUACGAUAUUUUUUCCAAUAAAUGUUUUUCUGAUCGUACCAAACAAACGCUAAUCUCAUCCAUCAACUUUACAAGUUAUAAGGUGUUCUAAAGGUAACUUCUAUGAUAGUGUAGUUCUUAUUGAUAGCUAAAUGAUACUGUGAGCGUCCACUGUGGUGCUGUGAUGGAAACAAACGUAUGUAAAUUGUACAAAUACGAGCAUAUAAAUUGGUAAAUUUUAUUUAUAUAACGUAUUUUGUUCGCAAUGUGAUGUUGCACUCGUUUUAUGCAAACCUUAUUAAAAUAUAGAUAAAAAAAGCUGUGUAUUUUAUUUCAAUGUUACGUUAUAAUUAAUUUCUUACGUUUUUAAAACUACUGAUGAAAUUAUUUGUGAAAACGGACGCUUAUGAAAAAUUAAAUACGGUAUAACAUCUUUGCUCAGUCAGUGGACGGUCAAUUAGAUUGACUAGGUAAGCGGAUAUUUGUAUAUAGUUAUACUUAUGUAGAUAGUUGUAAUCAAAUACGUUAUAUUGUUAAAUUGUUUAAUUGAGAAUGAAAUGUAUUUAUUUAUAUUGUAUUUCAUUCGUAUGCGAUCCUUGGUAUUAUUUAUGUUUGUACGAAAUAAAUUGUCUAUUAAAAUGUUGCUUUUUAUUAUUUUGCGUCCCUUUUUUUCUGGCUCGCUCUGUAUUUUUGAUGUAAAGAGAUAUUUAAGUAAAUAUUGAUGAGCUUGGUUGAAGAAGUUUAAUUUUGGGUUUAAGCAAAGAAUAUUAGCAGAAAUAAUAAAAUCAAAGACUCAUUAUUCUAUUGUGUUGAUCACAAAAAAUGGUAAUCUUCAAUUUAGCUUUUUAUUCUGUUUUAAGCCCAAAAUUAAACAUUUAAAAUUAUAAUAACAUAUUGAUUCAAAUCAUAUAUUGCAUUGACCAAGGGAGUUAUGUGCUAAUGUUAGUUUAGAAUUGGAUCGAGAACAAUGUGCAGUGAACUGUCUCUAAAUAUGUAAAUUCGAUGAAAUAAAAUACGUUUUGUUAUA